GGGAUCAGCGAGGCGGUCGACAUGGCCCGUCGGAGGUAUGAGCACUUCAACGUGCCAAGAAGCGAGAACAAGGCCGUCAUCCGCGAGACCACGACGCAGUCCCUCGGGGAGGCGAUCGAUGGGGAUCGUGGCACCAUCGGGCCGCCCGCAGAGUUCGUGCGACGGCUGAUCUCCCUCACCCUGGCGACUCUGCAAAGGCCCACAGUGACUCAGAAGUGGAUGCAGAUCCUGGCGGGCCGCUGGUUCGGUGCCUCUUGUUCAGGCGCGAGCGGGCUGGUGACGGUCUCGGAUGCCAGCAUGCAGCGUGGAGCCGUGUGUCGAGCUGUUCGCAUUCGGCCUGAUGGAGUGGCCGCUGCGAGAGCGGCCAGCCGAAGGCUGGUGACUGACUUCCGCGACGAGGUGGUGCUCCUGUCCUUGUUCGACGGCAUUGGUGGGGCUCGCCGCGCCCUGGACCUGAUGGGGCUCACUCCCGCGCUGUUCGUGUCCGCCGAGAUCGACGCCGAGGCGAAGCGAGUGACCAAGUAUGCGUGGCCGGACGUGCUGGAAGUCGGCGACGUCUGCUCCUUUGGGUUCGCCGAGGCGGUGGCCAUCCGUGAACGAGUUCCGCAUAUGAAGUGGAUAUUAGUGGUGGCCGGUAGCCCUUGCAGCGACCUGGCCCGCAUCAAUGUUGAGCGUACUGGUCUUCAAGGGAGACGCUCACGUCUAUUCUACGAGAUAAACCGCAUUGUGUCUCUGCUGCGCGAGGCGCUGGGUGAUUUCUGCACGGUGUUGCCCCUGGUUGAGAACGUGGCCCCAAUGGACUCGGAACCGCGACAGUUGAUGUCACAUUCCCUGGGAUGCGAACCUGUGUGCAUCUCAGCGGGUGAUGUCACACACUGCCAGCGUGACCGUUUGCAUUGGAUCAAGGAGGAGCUGUUGACGCCGUGGCAGGGCGAGACGUAUGUCAUGGACUCGGUAAAGCACGUCGUGAUCCCUGACGGGCCUGGUCCAGUUGAACGCUGGCUGGCCGCUGGGCUUCAGUGGCAGGGUGACAUCCAGAAGGACUUCCGCCUAUUCAACUACUGCUACGCGCCCUACCAGUUCCAGGACGUCAACUGCAUCGAGGAGCCUGACGGCAGCCGAAGGCCCCCCUCGAGUGUCGAGAGAGAGCUGCUGCUCGACUUCCUUCCAGGGCACACGAUCACGGCACGGGUGACUAGAGCGCGCAAGCUCGAGAAAGCUGAUCUGGAAUGUUGCCGGUGCGCUCUGCUUGGGAACAGCUUUCAAUGUGUGGUUGUCGCUUGGGUGCUGGCCCACUGGGCUCAGAGAGCAGGCUACCUGACUGAGAUCCCCUCCGCCAGGCAGAUGCGUGAGACUGGAGGUGGCGCCACCGUCGCCGAUGCCACAGUCAGCAUGGACCAGAUAGAUUGCGACGACGGUGUCUUGGUGCGCCAGCACGAUCUCGAGAGCGAGGAUGCCGCGCUGGACCCCAGCAUCAUCAUCGUGGAGGAGCUGGCCCGCCGUGCAGAGGCCAGAGGCAGCGAUAUCAGGCUUGACACGUUCGAGGCGAUGCGGCCUGAUCUGUGGCCCAGGCGACCAGUCAGUGUGGCGCGCUGGUCGUGGAAGGCCACCGCCAUCUGGGACUGGAAGCACCCGUCGCACAUCACGGACCUUGAGGUCGAGUUCAACACAGAGUCAGAGCAGCUCAGGAUCAGGCUACGCGUCGUCAACCUCGGGCCGUGGUGGGUCGCCUAUCACACAAUUUGGUGCAGCCACGGUGCCGACCACAUCGAUCAACUGGAUCUUCUGGUGGCCGACUGGAUCAAGUGGCUCUGGACUGAAGGGCAUCCUCAAGGCUUGGCAGGUAACACUCUUUCAGCCGUUCAGUUCUUCUUGCGCAAAAAGCGCAUCCUGCCAGCGUCGUGGAGGCUACUUCGUGCUUGGCAGAGAUUAGAGCUGCCGCAACGCGUGCUUCCGAUGCCUGACGUCGUGUUGACGGCGCUGGCUGCCACCGCGCGUGGCUGGGGCCGCAACGACGUCGCGGCGCUGCUGGUCUUCGGCUUCGCGGCCUUCCUGAGGACCACCGAGAUGCUGACCUUGCGGCGCUGGCAGGUGGGCAUCGACGAG